AUGGAGCUUGAGAAAGAUUUGAAGAAACCCUUGAAUAGUUAUGGAAGGAACGAUGUUUUGAGUCGAAUGAGACGUGAUUUCAUUCAAAGCCUACCAGACAAAGUGAAAGGUGUAGUGGAUCCUGAGGAUCUUGUCGAUAAUGUUGAUCUCUCUACUGCUGAAGGCCUCCUUCAAGGUGAGAAAGAAUACUACGAAAGACUUAAACGGUGGAACUCCAGGAAACUGGAAGUCGACUCACUUGAUUCUCCCAAUGUCAUUGACGAAGAGAUAGAUCGUCAAGAACAAGUGCAACAUGAAAGAGCGAUGAGCAUUUCUAAUUGGGCAAACAUCUUCCUUCUUGCAUUUAAGAUUUAUGCUACGGUCCAAAGUGGCUCCUUGGCCAUUGCAGCAUCAACGCUGGAUUCAUUGCUUGAUCUUUUGGCAGGGGGAAUACUAUGGUUUACGCACUUGUCAAUGAAAAGCAUAAAUAUCUACAAGUAUCCUAUUGGAAAAUUAAGAGUGCAACCAGUCGGGAUUAUCAUCUUUGCUGCUGUCAUGGCAACUCUUGGUUUUCAGGUUCUUGUACAGGCUUUAGAACAACUUAUCAAAGUCGAACCUUCAGGAAAGAUGAGUUCGUAUCAAUUGUUGUGGUUGUAUGUCAUUAUGUUGACAGCCACUGGGGUAAAACUUGUUCUUUGGAUUUACUGCAGAAGCUCUAGAAAUAAGAUUGUUCGAGCCUACGCAAAGGACCAUUAUUUUGAUGUGGUGACAAAUGUGGUUGGUUUGAUUGCUGCUGUUUUAGGCGAUAAAUUCUACUGGUGGAUUGAUCCUUCUGGAGCUAUACUUCUUGCUCUCUAUACGAUCUCAAAUUGGUCAGGAACCGUGUUGGAAAAUGCAGUUUCUCUGGUGGGACAAUCAGCUCCUCCAGAAGUAUUACAGAAACUCACAUAUCUUGUCCUAAGGCACAGUACUGAAAUAAAGCGGGUUGAUACAGUUCGUGCUUACACAUUCGGCGUUCUCUACUUUGUCGAGGUGGACAUAGAGCUUCCAGAGGAUUUGCCAUUGAAAGAAGCCCAUGCAAUUGGAGAAUCAUUACAGAUAAAGAUUGAAGAGCUUGCCGAAGUUGAAAGGGCUUUUGUUCAUCUUGAUUACGAGUGUGAUCACAAACCAGAACACACUAUCCUCAGUAAACUCCCUAACACGGAGCCUUAG